CUUCCGGGAGCCGGAUGGACCGACUGCUUGAGCGCGAUGUGUGUGAGCUCGUCCGGCGGGUCACUGGCCUGCGGGAGCAAGCGGACCCCAACUUCCGACUGGCGCUGGACUUCGUGUGGUCCAACUUCAGAUUUCAUCAUUUCUUGGAUGUCAACAGUCACAACAUACAAAAAACAAUAGAAGGGAUUUAUGAAAAAUUCACCAUUCAUUCUGACCUCGGCAAAGCUGCUAGUUGGAAGAGACUAACUACAGAGUUUCUAAAUGCGUCACUCCCCGGUGUGGAGAAAACUAAGACAGAUACCCAUUAUUCCAUACUGUCCCUCCUCCUGUGUCUGUCUGAUUCUCCCUCCAACAGCAGCUAUGUGGAGACGCCGAGAGACAAAGAAGUGGAAAAGAAAGAUGAUUUUGACUGGGGGAAAUACUUGAUGGAAGGUGAAGAGAUUGGCCUUGGUCCAGAUGUCGACACACCAAACUGGUCUGAAGACAGUGGUGAUGAAGACGCACAGCAGCCCUUGAGCAGAGAAGACUCAGGGAUACAGGUAGACAGGACCCCAUUGGAGGAACAAGACCCCAGCAGAAAGGGAGGACUUCAAGUUGCCUGGGAAGCAGAUGAGCCAGAUAGCCGGAGCUGGCUGGAGCAGCAUGUCAUCCAUCAGUACUGGACAACCAGGCGCUCCCGGAUCCCACACAGUCUGCAUUUGCAUUCCAAUUUAGCUGCUGUCUGGGACCAACACCUGUACAGCAGUGAUCCACUGUAUGUUCCAGAUGACAGGGUGGUGGUUACUGAGACACAGGUCAUUCGGGAAACCCUAUGGUUACUUUCAGGGGUAAAAAAGCUGUUUAUAUUUCAGUUGAUAGAUGGAAAGGUAACUGUGAGAAACAAUAUUAUUGUAGCUCAUUUGACACAUAGCUGUUUGCGAUCUGUGCUUGAGCAGAUAGCAGCAUAUGGCCAGGUUGUGUUUCGGCUCCAGGAGUUCAUUGAUGAAGUCAUGGGGCACAGCUCUGAGAGCCUGUCACCCGGAAAUGACUCUGGAUCUAAGAAACCGCCUGAAGCUCCAUUUAGAACGUACCAGGCAUUCAUGUGGGCCCUCUACAAGUAUUUCAUCAACUUCAAGGAGGAGCUCACAGAGUUUGAGAAGUGCAUCAUCAGUAGUGAUACCACGGUAACACUUGCAAUUGUGGUGAACAAGUUGGCCCCUCGAUUGGCUCAGCUAAAAGUCCUGCACAAAGUGUUCAGUACUGGAGUAGCAGAAGUCCCUCCUGACACUCGGAAUGUUGUCCGGGCAUCUCACCUGCUUAACACCCUUUACAAGGCCAUUCUUGAGUAUGACAAUGUGGGAGAAGCCUCUGAACAAACGGUCUCGCUCCUGUUCUCUCUCUGGGUGGAAACGGUGCGGCCCUACCUACAGACUGUAGAUGAAUGGAUCGUGCAUGGACACCUGUGGGAUGGUGCAAGGGAGUUCAUCAUACAGAGGAACAAAAAUGUUCCAGUAAACCACAGAGACUUCUGGUACGCAACAUACACAUUGUACAGUGUGUCAGAAAAGACGGAAAACGAAGAGAAAAUGAGUGACAAUGCCAGCGCCAGUUCUGGCAGUGACCAGGGUCCCUCCAGCCGGCAGCACACCAUGGUGUCCUUCCUCAAGCCUGUCCUGAAGCAGAUCAUAAUGGCCGGCAAGUCCAUGCAGCUGCUGAAGAACCUGAACUGUGCCGAAGGCUCUGCAUGCCAGGCAGCAGCCAGAGAUGCAGAAAGAAAAAGCUUAUAUACCCUCUUUCUGGAAUCUAUACAGUUGCGUCUUCAACAUGGAGAAGAUUCCACUCCACACAUUCUUACGGAACAGCAGACAACCAAAGAGAACCUAAUAAAGAUGCAGUCCAUUGCUGAAAGGCAUCUGGAGCUAGAUGAUGCUCACGACCCACUGCUGGCCAUCAACUUUGCGAGGUUGUAUUUGGAGCAGAGCGACUUUCAUGAGAAGUUUGCUGGUGGUGACAUUUGCGUGGAUAGAUCAUCAGAGUCUGUGACGUGCCAGACUUUUGAAUUAACGCUAAGGUCUUGCCUCUACCCUCACAUUGAUAGACAGUAUCUGCAUUGCUGUGGAAACCUCAUGCAAACCUUAAAAAGAGAUUUCAGGUUGGUGGAGUAUUUACAGGCCAUGAGGAAUUUUUUCUUGAUGGAAGGUGGAGAUACCAUGUAUGAUUUCUAUACUUCAAUUUUCGAUAAAAUUAGAGAAAAGGAAACCUGGCAGAAUGUGUCUCUUCUGAAUGUCCAGCUCCAAGAAGCAGUAGGACAGCGUUAUCCUGAAGAUAGUUUACGUUUAUCUAUAUCAUUUGAAAAUGUUGAUACAACUAAGAAGAAACUACCUGUUCAUAUCUUAGAUGGUCUUACCCUGAGCUACAAGGUCCCAUGGCCUGUGGACAUUGUUAUAAGUGUGGAAUGUCAAAAAAUUUAUAAUCAGGUCUUCCUUCUACUAUUGCAAAUAAAAUGGGCAAAAUACAGCCUGGAUGUUCUACUGUUCGGUGAACUGGCUAAUGCUGCUGAAAGAUCUCAAGCAAAAGAAAGCUCUCUACGUGAACAAGAUACACUCUCCCAGUUUGGAGCACCGAAAGAGUCACUGAGGCAGCAGAUCCAUCGCAUGUUUCUUUUACGUGUGAAGCUCAUGCACUUUGUGAAUAGCCUGCACAACUACAUCAUGACCAGGAUUCUCCACAGUACAGGGCUGGAGUUUCAGCAUCAAGUUGAGGAAGCCAAGGAUUUAGAUCAGUUGAUUAAAAUUCACUACAGGUAUUUGUCAACCAUCCAUGAUCGGUGUCUGCUGAGAGAAAAGGUCAGCUUCGUGAAAGAAGCCAUCAUGAAAGUGCUGAACUUGGCGCUCAUGUUCGCAGAAGGCUGGCAGGCGGGCCUAGGAGCUUGGCGGAUGGAGUCUAUAGAGAAAAUGGAAUCUGAUUUUAAAAACUGCCACAUGUUCCUCGUAACCAUUUUAAAUAAGGCUGUCUGUAGAGGAUCCUUUCCCCAUUUGGAAUCUCUAGCACUGUCCCUCAUGGCCGGCAUGGAGCAAAGUUAAAUAUCUCUAACGUAACAAGUACCUUAGACUUCAUCAUUGUCCAUGUACAUUUUCACCAUUUGCAGCUGAGAAAUAAAAAUCUUUUUAUUUUUAUUUACUAUCCUAUCUAGACAAAUGAAUUAUAGGGAUUUUCUCUAGAGAUUGUUUGCAGGUAUGUAGAAUUAUGUAUAUAAGGUUUUGUAUCUAAUUGCACUAUAUAUAUAUAUGUAUUAUAUAAAAGUAGAUUAUCUACUCAUUUGUUUUAUUUUUAAUUUAUAUAUAAAAGUAUUUGCCUGCUUAUACAUAUGUGCACCAUGUGCAUACUGGGUGCCCAGAGGCAAUGAGAGGGCAGCAGAUUGCCAUGCAAGCUUUACAUUUAUCUGUCCCUAAAGGUGUCCUAGAUUUGACUAUCCUUAAAGUAUUAAACUUUUAUGUGCACAGAAAGGUCCCAAAGGAAAAUAACAACUAAUAUCAGUGUACAAUCCUAAUUUUACUAUGGCCAUCUGUCAUAUACCAAUGUAUAUAAUAUCUAACCAUGUAUAUACUGUGUCAAAUAAAAUUAUGUCUACAUUCA